CAAGAUGGAGUCCUUCGUCGACCGUAAGAUGGAGACGGCUGAACAUAAAUCGUUCGAGAUUCGCCUGAUCACGACUGAAGAAGAAAUGCAAAGGUUUGCAAUAGAACCAAUGGCGAAGGAACACUGGCGGCCUGGUUUGAAAGACGCCGAGUGUUUUCUCGCUUGUGAUCCCACGGCAGCUUUGGUUGGCGAACUGAACGAGAAACCCAUAGCCAUUGUUAGAAUUUCAAAAUAUGGCGAUAGCUUUGCUUUUAUCGGAGCUUACCUGGUGGAUAAGGAAUAUAGAGGAAAGGGGUACGGUUUUACGAUCUUCAAUGCCGCUGUGUCAAGUGUGAAGCCUUCUUGUAACAUUGGCUUAUACUCUUUUCUUCACCUUGAGAAAAUGUACGAACGAAGCGGUUUCCGUACUCAGUUUUAUGCGGCACGCUACGACUUCCAUCUCCCAACAGCCAUAAGCCGUCUCCCUGAUUCAUUGGAGAAAACAUCCGUAGAAAUUAAAGCCAUAGCGGACGUAGAGCUGAAGGCUUUACUCCUGUACGACACGAAUGUCUUCGGCUUCGAACGUCACGCAUUCCUAACGAAAUGGCUUCGCUCAGCAGGUAGUCAGGGAUACGUGGCCGUCAACAGUGAAGGCUCCAUUGUGGGUUACAUUUCUGCCCGACCAACUUUCCUCAAAGAGGAAGGAUACAGGAUAGGAUCUCUGUUUGCGGACUGUAAAGCCAUUGCAAAGAAGCUACUGAAGGCAUUAUUCGAAAAGCUUCUUCGUCAAGAGAAACCUGCCUCAUUGGUUUGCACGGAUUCCCCAACAAAGUGCAUGGAACUCGGAGAAGAGCUUCAGGGAGCAAAGGUGUUUGAUUUAGUGUACAUGGUGACCAAGGAUCUCCCAAAUACCUGUUUUGAGAAGCAGUUUGGUGUUACGGCUGUUGAGCUUGGAUGAGAUGAUAUAAGGAACUUAACGCCGAGUGGAAGGUUUGGAUGUACUUGUUUGAUAUCCACAAUCGUGUAUUCUUCCACAUAUUUUCUUGUCUUUCAUGCUGAAUUCCCGAGAAAAUUAAUGCAAAAGUACAAGUAUGGUCCAAGUUUGUAGAUUUUUUUUAUUUCCACUGUAAGUGAUACUUUCAUUGAUUUAUGCUACAUAAAAAAGAAGUUAUGUAACUCUCAUUAAUGAUAAGGUUAGGAAUCCUAAAUGUAGUUUGAAACAUGACAUGUAUGUAUUUCGCCUUCUAGAAUAGUGCCUGAUCAAAUGACAAGCUGUCAAGUGAUUCAACUUGUUUUGUGGUUGUUGUAACCAUAUUAGUAAAUUAAAUUGUGUUAUUGAAUUGAUUAGGUGUAUGAAGGAGUCAAACUUCUCCUCUUCCCCCCCAUCUCCCUUCUCCCCAUCUCCCUUCGCCCAUCCUCCUUCUCUCUUCAGGUAGACAAUUUAAGUCAAAGUCUUUUGAAGGAGGUAUUACUCUGGUUAUUGUGCCUCAGCAUCAUUGGCUUUUUACUUGCCAUCGUUGGUUUUUUACUUGCCACUAAAUUGUGAGUUACCAUGUUUUUCCAGUGUUCUUUCAAUGUCCUGCAGGGCUUGUCA